AUGUCGAACUUAUCAAAGCUUGAGUUCGUGGCACUUGACAUUUCUGGAAAUAAUUACUUGUCAUGGGUACUCAACGUUGAAAUUCACCUUGACGCUAAAGGUCUUGGUGCCACUAUUACCAACGGUAAUACAACGUCGAGUCAGGACAAAGCAAAGGCAAUGAUUUUCCUUCGUCAUCAUCUGAAUGAAGGAUUGAAGGUUGAAUACCUUAUGGUGAAAGAUCCACUUGAAUUGUGGACUGGUUUGAAGGAAAGGUAUGACCACCUUAAGACAACGCAGCAAUACCGUGAAAGGGGAUUCAAAAAGUAUUUUGAGUUGAUCUCAUGCCUUCUUGUGGCUGAGCAACAUAAUACUCUUUUAUUGAAAAAUCAUGAGGCCUGUCCCACGGGAACUGCUCCGUUACCGGAAGCAAAUGAGGUUGAAGCACAUGGCCAGUCUGAAAGAAGACAAAAUAAAAAUCAAGGCCAAAAUAAUGUGUGUGGACGUGGCAAUGACAGAGGACGAUAUAAUAAUCGUCGUGGUGGUGGUCGCCACAAAAGGGAGAACAAUAUGGGUUCUCAAAGCAAUCCUUCAAGAGGCAAUUGUCAUCGUUGUGGCAUGAAAGGGCAUUGGAAGAAUGAAUGCCGAGCAGCUGAGCAUUUUGUUAGGCUUUAUCAAGAUUCCUUGAAAAUAAAAGGAAAUAAAAAUGGUGCAUCUUCUUCUAAUGCUCGGGUGGAGUCACACUUGACUUAUAAAAAUGAUGCCGAGGCAGGGCCUUCACAAAAAUAUGAUGACAAUAUUGAAGCAAAUUUGGCUUUAAAAGAUGAUAAUUUUGGUGACCUUGAUGAUAUUAUUCAUUUGGAAGUUGAAGACUUCUUUGGAGAUCAAAAUUAA